AUGGAGAGACAAGGCCACCUCUCCUAUAAGAUUCACUUCGGGGGGCAAAGACAUGUGGUUCACAUGAAAGUUAAGAAGAACCUGCUGCCCAGACAUUUUCCUGUGAUCACCGAUAACGAUCAGGGUGCCAUGCAGGAGGACUACCCUUUUGUCCCCCGAGACUGCUACUACUACAGCUACCUGGAAGGGGUCCCUGGGUCCAUGGGCACGCUGGACACCUGCAAUGGGGGUCUGCGUGGCAUGCUGCAGGUCGAUGACUUCACGUAUGAAAUAAAACCGCUGGAGGCUUCUUCCACAUUUGAGCACGUGGUUUCCCUGCUUGUGACAGAAGGAAGAUCAUCAGAGGCUCAAAAGUGUAAGAUUGGAGAGCAAGAUACAGAUCAAGCAUAUGAGGAGGCAAUACUUGCUGGAACUCCUAGAGCAGGCCCUGUGUAUUUGUGGUGGCCACAUAAGAAAUACUUUAAAAUCCAUUACACCACUACUCUCUCAGUAUUUGUGAUUGACAGAAAUUACACUCGUAUUGUACAGGAUGUAGUAAUUUUGAACAACAUAAUACAUACCAUCUUCAAACCAGCCCUCCUGGAUGUCUACUUACGUGUUUUGUGCAUAUGGGAUAGAGUCGAUAAGUGGGAUCUGGAGAGCUUCUUUGCCAUUGAAGAUCUCAUGGCUGAUUUUGGUGUGAAUAAAUACUGGGGUUGGUUUGAGGAAAUUCCUCAUGACACUUCACUGGUUCUUUCAGCAGAACCAAUACUGGGGGCCUCCUAUUAUGGCCAACACAAUGGAGCAUGCAAUCCUAACUGGGGCGUGGCAUACGUAUAUAUAGCAAGAUACCACUUAUUUUUGGCUGCGACUAUUUCAGCACAUGUCCUAGGUCACACUUUAGGCGCCGUUCAUGAUACACCCGGUUGUAUUUGCUUUCGAAGAAAGCACUGCGUCAUGGCUCCUCAGCCUGAUUUAUUGGAUAUGAUGAGCAAUUGUACUUAUGACAGUCUGCAUAGCAAGGUCAAUACUUGGGAUCCUUGUUUAAGCAUACCAAAUGUACCAUACACCAAUUAUCCUUACGUAGCUGCUCGUUGUGGUGACCUGGUCGUGGACAGGAGGGAAGAAUGUGACUGUGGCUCCUUAAAACAGUGCUCUAAGAAUAAGUGUUGCACCACCACUUGUGCCCUCUCCCUUGGCAGUGACUGCAAUGGAGGAUCCUGCUGUGUUAACUGCAAAUAUGCUCAACCUGGACUGCUUUGCAGAGACAUACUCGGAGUUUGUGAUCUCCCAGAAUACUGUGAUGGGAGAUCGCAUAAUUGUCCUAAUGACGUUUACACCCAGGAUGGAACCCCAUGUUCAACGUUAGCUGUCUGUGUGAGAGGAAACUGUACUGAUCGUGAUAUGCAGUGUCAAUCCCUUUUUGGCUAUGGAAUAAAAGAUGCUGCACCAGCAUGCUAUGAAAAACUGAACGUAUUAGGUGAUCGAUUUGGGAACUGUGGUGUGAGGGUGGUACGAGGAGGAGGAAAACCUGUUAGAUGUGAAGAAGAUGAUGUUCUUUGUGGAAUGCUGCACUGUCGUGAUGUUCAAGAAAUUCCUGGUGGAGGUGACCACGUUACAUUUCGUCAUAUAAUAGUACAUGAUGUUCAGAGAGAGUUAUGCUUUGGAUACGAUGCACACCAUGGGACAGAGAUCCCAGAAAUGGGGCUAGUUGUGGAUGGGGCAACAUGUGGUCCAGGAAAAUACUGCUUGAAUCAGAAUUGUACUUUUUAUCAAGACAUGGGUUUUGACUGUGAUGUCAGUACAUGCAAUUUCAGAGGAGUGUGUAACAGCAAGAAACACUGUCACUGUAUGAGAGGUUGGAAACCCCCAACAUGUGAAGAGAAAGGAGCAGGUGGUAGUAUAGAUAGUGGCCCUCCACCUGACAGAGAAUAUGGUUUUCGAACCAGAAUAAUUUUUAGUAUACACCAAACAAUACUUCUACUGAUUAUUCGCUUAAGUCUUUUUCUGAUUUCAGGCAUCACUGGUGCCUCUCAUCACUUAGAAGAUAUAAAAGAGGAGGAUGAAGAACAAAAAUGA